CCCAAUCUACCAUCUCCCCCACUCACACAUCCCAUCCCCAUCUCUGCCUUCGUGCUCUUUCCCCUCACCCCUGCUCUGACUCCACCUCGACUCCAUUUCUGCAUUCCCACAAAAAACGUCCGCCCCGAAUUCCUCAACCUCCCACGGAUUUUGCGCAGUUCGUCCCCUCCGGAGCUCGAUUCGUCCCCAAAGCUACGGCCUUUGCCGCCAAUUCGGCCGGUUUGGUGUCCCGCUGAUUCGCUUCAUUUUUUUCCUGGAAUUUUCGUGAUUCGCCCCGUAUGAGCUCGGAUUGGCGGUGGUGUUCCUGAUACCCGCUUGCUGGAGGCGGAGGCGAGUGGGCAUGUGGGUUUCUCUGGUGUGGAUCCGGGGCUGCGUGGGCGUCACGUUCGUCGAUUUCCAGGGCGGGAGGGGAGCCGACUAGAUCUCUCGGCUCCUGCGGCUGCCGCGCUUGGUUGCAGAGUCUGGGGAGGUUAACUGCGAUCAGAGGUUCGUCUAGGGUUUUUGGAGGUGGGGCGCCAUGGAGGCGGCUAGGCUCGGCGCACAGAGCAGCCACUUGUACGGCGGCGGGUUGGGUGAGCUUGACCUGAACAGGCGUGAGAAGAGGGUGUUUGGCUGGGACCUCAACGAUUGGAGCUGGGACAGCGAACGCUUUGUUGCCAUGCCGGUGCCCGCAGCGGCAGCAAAUGGCUCGGUGAUGAACAACUCACCGUCCUCAUCAGAGGAAGCUAAGGCUGAGGUGGCUAGGAACGGUGUGCCGGUGCCCGCAGCGGCAGCAAAUGGCUCGGUGAUGAACAACUCACCGUCCUCAUCAGAGGAAGCUAAGGCUGAGGUGGCUAGGAACGGUGGCGUCAGAGGUGACUCUGAUAAGAGGAAAAGGGUGGUGGUCAUUGAUGAUGAUGACACGGAGAAUCAGGACAAGAUUGAGAAUGGUGGCGGGGCACUCAGCUUGAGGAUUGGGGGUGGUGCUGUUGGUGGUGGAUUGCUGGAGAAUGGCAGUGUUGAUGAGGAGGGAAAUGGAAAGAAGAUCAGGGUGCAAGGGGGCAGCUCGAGUGGGCCAGCAUGCCAGGUUGAGGGCUGUGGAGCGGAUCUUACUGCGGCGAAGGAUUACCAUCGGCGGCACAAGGUCUGUGAGAUGCAUGCUAAGGCCACCACUGCUGUGGUUGGGAAUGCUGUCCAGCGGUUCUGCCAACAAUGUAGUAGAUUUCACCUCCUUCAAGAAUUCGAUGAAGGGAAGCGAAGUUGUCGGCGACGUUUAGCAGGCCACAAUAGACGGAGGAGGAAAACCCGCCCUGAAAUUGCUAUCGGUGGAACUGCUUCAAUUGAGGACAAAGUCAGCAAUUAUUUAUUGUUGAGUCUUCUUGGAAUCUGUGCCAAUUUAAACUCUGACAAUGCUGAGCAUUCAAACGGUCAGGAGUCGCUAUCCAAUCUUUUGCGAAACCUAGGGACUGUUGCCAAAUCACUGGAACCAAAAGAACUCUGUAAACUCCUGGAGGCAGUCCAAAGCCUGCAAAAUGGAUCGAAUGCUGGAUCCUCUGGAACAGCUAAUGCUUUAGUGAAUACUGCUGCAGCAGAGGCUGAUGGGCUAUCUAACCCUAAGGUGCCUUUCGUGAAUGGUAGUCAGUGUGGACAGGCGUCAUCAUCUGUUAUGCCAGCACAAUCAAAGGCUACCCUGGUGGCAACUCCAGAGCCUACAGCAUGCAAGCUUAAGGAUUUUGAUCUGAAUGACACUUGCAAUGAUAUGGAAGGCUUUGAGGAUGGGCAAGAAGGUUCACCUACACCUGCCUUUAAGGCAGCUGAUUCUCCUAAUUGCCCAUCAUGGAUGCAGCAAGAUUCUACUCAAAGCCCACCACAGACUAGUGGCAAUUCGGAUUCAACAUCAACUCAAUCAUUGUCAAGCUCAAAUGGAGACGCUCAGUGCCGAACUGAUAAGAUUGUCUUCAAGCUUUUCGAGAAAGUUCCUAGUGAUUUACCUCCAGUUUUGCGAUCAGAGAUUAUUGGUUGGUUGUCCAGUAGCCCUACUGAUAUAGAGAGCUAUAUUAGACCUGGCUGUAUUAUUCUAACAGUGUAUCUUCGGUUAGUUGAGUCUGCAUGGCGAGAGCUCUCUGAUAAUAUGAGCUCACGCCUGAAUAAGCUUUUGAAUAGCUCCACUGACAACUUUUGGGCAUCUGGCUUGGUAUUUGUGAUGGUGCGACACCAGUUAGCUUUUAUGCACAAUGGUCAAAUUAUGUUGGACAGACCACUGGCACCCAGUUCUCAUCGUUACUGCAAAAUUUUAUGUGUCACACCAGUUGCUGCUCCUAUUUCAGCAACAGUAAAUUUCAGAGUAGAAGGCUUUAACCUAGUCAAUGCUUCAUCAAGGCUAGUUUGUUCAUUUGAAGAGUGUUGUUUCUUCCAGGAAGACACAGCUACUAUAGCUGAAGAUACUGUGCACGAGGAUAGGGAUACCGAGUACCUCAGUUUUUGUUGUUCUCUCCCUGGUUCAAGAGGAAGAGGAUUUAUAGAGGUCGAAGAUAGUGGAUUUAGCAACGGUUUCUUCCCCUUCAUAAUUGCUGAGCAGGAUGUAUGCUCUGAGGUUUCUGAGCUGGAGAGCAUAUUUGACCCCUCCAGUCAUGAACAGGCAGAUGAUGAUAAUGCCAGGAACCAAGCUUUGGAGUUUCUAAAUGAGUUGGGUUGGCUUCUUCAUAGAGCGAACAGAAUUUCAAAACAAGAUAAAAUAGAGCCACCUCUAGCUGCCUUUAACCUGUUGAGAUUCAGGAAUCUUGGCAUAUUUGCCAUGGAGCGGGAGUGGUGUGCUGUGGUCAAAAUGCUGUUAGACUUCUUAUUUAUUGGACUUGUUGAUGUGGGGUCCCAGUCUCCAGAAGAGGUGGUGCUUUCAGAAAAUUUGUUGCACGCUGCUGUACAAAGGAAGUCUGUCCGAAUGGUUAGGUUUCUGCUGAGAUACACGCAGAAUAAAAACUUUAAGGGAACUGCACAGACAUACCUAUUCAGACCUGAUUCUCUGGGCCCUUCAACAAUUACUCCCCUCCAUAUAGCAGCUGCCACUAGUGAUGCAGAGGAUGUAUUGGAUGCGCUAACUGAUGAUCCCGGACUGGUUGGAAUCAGUGCAUGGAGAAAUGCACGGGACGAAACAGGCUUGACCCCAGAAGACUAUGCUCGCCAGAGAGGCAACGAUGCUUACCUGAAUCUGGUCCAGAAGAAGACUGAUAAGCAUCUUGGCGAAGGACAUGUUGUCCUCGGUGUCCCCAGCAGUAUGUGCCCUGUAAUAACCAAUGGUGUGAAGCCAGGCGACGUUAGCCUUGAGAUCUGCAGAAACACGCCAAUGACAGCACCAGUGCCAAAGUGCCACCUCUGCAGCCGUCAGGCUAUGAUGUAUCCAAGUUCUGCGGUGAGGACCUUCCUGUACAGACCAGCAAUGCUGACGGUGAUGGGCGUCGCCGUGGUCUGUGUCUGUGUGGGCAUACUUCUUCACACCCUGCCCAAGGUUUAUGCCGUGCCUACAUUCAGAUGGGAGUUGUUGGAGCGUGGAUCAAUGUAAGGAGUUUUAGGACGAAAUAAGUGUAGCUGUCGUUGUGUAACUUGAGAGUUUUAGUGCGGUGUCUAAGAUCAAAGGAACUUAUGACCGCAUGAAGAAGGCCCUUUGUAUUUAAAAGCAGAAUCGUUUCGCUGCUAUAAGCUAUAUGCCGUGAAUAUCCCGUAACUAUAUUUACAGCCUAACAUGUGGAAAAUAUCCUUCCAUUCCAUUUAUCCAUUUUGAUUGUAGAAUU